ACUCUAUUGUGAAUAAAUUUCUUGUGUGUUUUGAUUGAGAUCACGUAAUACCUGCACUCGCCACCAAGUUCUUAGGCCAGCGUUAUGAUUGGAGGGUUGGCAGUUAUGGGGCAUCCCGGUGUUGAUGACCCCUUUACCACCUCGCUUAAUUCCAGUGCCCGCGUUUGACAACACCACCUCGCCUAAUUUGACCACCCCUUGUCCCACCUGACCCACACAUCCACCUCACUUGAUUGCUGGAUAGAUCACUAUCACGAUCGAUCACCUACGAUCCUCAUAAUUCGGCUGUCUUGUUCCACCACACGCAUUGCCCACACGCGUCCAGCAGGUAUACAUCUUGAUAAUCCUCCAAAAUGAUUAAAGUUGCCGAUGGAAAUCAGAUUUGCAUACAAACUGUUAUUGGAGCCGAUCCCCUUUCAAUCAAGUGUCGGUAACAUGGCGUUGCGUGCUCACCAAUACUGGCUCCGCGUGUAUCAGGGUGAGAACGGUGUCGGAAUGCAACAUACGAAUCGACUUCACCAUAUUUGGACCUCGCUUCCAGAUCCCGUAAACCAACGUCCAUCGAUACUGUUCUUUCUUGGAAAGCAGCUCAAAACACGAGUAUUGAGAGCUCUAUAUCCCGGCAACACCAUAUCAAACUGUCGAAAGUACGGCAUCGCAAACAUUUGUCUCUAUCCGGCCACACAAAACGAUGAACAUCCAAUUCUCAUCGCGGAUAGCUGCCCUGAUUACACACAAGCCAAGUUGAGAGGCAAAGACACCUGCCAUGAGACGAUCAAUCACCCGGUGGGCUGGCCAGACGAGGGUGACCAAAAAAAGCAGCAGCACUUGGCUGACCAUGCCCUGGCCAGACUAUUCUCAUUAUUCAUCGAUGUGUUGUGCAUAUUUGCCCAGGAUUGCGGCGGCCUUGACGGAGUGGUAGACAUGUUAGCAGGGUGGAUAGCAAUCGGCUCGGCGUCGAGCCUUCCUGAUGCUGUCCGUCCUCGAUUUCUCGUCGUCACGAGCAUACCUGGCGAUAUUUUCGCAUCCGAAGCCCUUCAAUUUCGUCUGAGGGUUCUAUCCGAUCGCAAGUUCUCAGAGUCAUUCCCUUCGUUGAAUGUAGUCAACGUGUUGGGCCUAGGUUGAACCCCCUCGCGCGAGCAUUUCAAAUGGCUGGCAGAGGCCCUACAGCACGAAACACAUCUGAUUCGUGCUGAGAAAAUCAACUCCCACACGCUUUUCUCCAUGAUUCAUAUCACCCAGUUCUUCGAUGAAGUACUGCGCCAGUCGCGACAUCGCCACAGACCUUUGAUUUUAUUCUAUGCUUAAGAGUUAUGCCCUGUUUCCCACAGCUUCCAGCAUCACCUAAGCAUCUUCAUGGGCUUAUGUUCCGAGCACAAUAUUCCAGCAAGUAUGAUUUGGGACUUCAUUGCCUCUGUGGUCAUUUUUGACAGCUUCUCUCCGGACAUGCACAGUAAGUGUUGAUUUUAAGCAUCCAUAGGUGGAAUCUAACUAAUUGGAAAAAGUGUUCAACCCAUCAGACGUCUUCCGAAACUUAUACCGUCAAUCUUGCGUCCUGGGUGUACAUGACUUCGCAAAUUCCCAGCAGUUAGAUGUCGACUAGAUCACUGCCGACAUCGAGGCCCAUAUAAUCUCUAUGUUCUCACACAUGAAGUACGGUGGACAGCCAGCAGCUCCACUUCGCCAGAGAAGCUUGCGGCGAAACUUCCAACAUUGGUCAUUAUUAUCGCAUACCUCGAUCUGCCUCACCUGUCUCCAGAGGAAUUUGGAACACCAACUGGAGUGUGGACAUGCUAUUUGCGACGAUUGUCUUGUCGCCUUUGGUGAGCCAACGAAGGGGGCGGAGUACCGGUACGACCUCGCCACCUGUCCUUUCUGCCAGAGGGGGAUUCAUUUUCAGGCCAACCUCUUGCCGCCAACCUGUCGAGUAAGAUUCCUUGGCAUUCAUGGAAGAGCUGGAAAAGACGCUGGACCUGCCAUAUCCUCUGCAGGAGCACUUUGAUUAUGGCAUCGGGACGAGUUCAGGUAAGGCCGGCUUCGUGACCUAGUUCUAGGCUAACAGCCAAUAGGUGGUGUUGCAACCAUUGGGUUCUUUGCUAAGUACUGGACGCCAAAGCAAUGCCUCGCUUUCUUUCUUAAUUUUGCGAGGAUCAUCUUCCCACCAAAGCGGUUGCAGGUAUUCAAUCUGUGCUAUACUCAGACGUAUCUUUGCUUCCUAUCUCGCAGAUGGCGGGUAAGACGCAGUCGUUUUAGAAAAGGCUCUGAAGGAAACAUUUGGAUUGGGCCGGGUGUUUGAUUCGGCAAAAUCAAGGCCAUCUGGAAUGAAAUUUUCAGUUACGGCGACGACGAUAUCGGAUGCCACAUUAUGCCUGAUCUCAAAUUAUAAUGGUAACGGCCCUCCUGGCAGAGAUUCAAGUAAGUUGACGCCUCUCAUAUUCUACCAAGACUAACACCCCAGGAUAUAAACAUCUUCGUGCCAAGAAGACGACAGAUGAGAUGCUACUCUGGGAAGC